GGCGCUACAAAAGCGCCAUCUAGGCGGGAACUAUAAAUAUAAAAAGCACGCAUAAUUGUUUUCCUCUGUUUCAAUUUGUCAUUUAACGUUAUACGAAAAAUGCCUAAUUAUAAGAAUCUAGAACAGGCGUUAAAGCAGUUGAGAGAAAAUGUUGCAGAAUUUUCAAUCGGUGCAGUUUCCAGAGAUGAUUACAGACCUCCAGAUGAGAAGAUUGAAAUUUUAAGAAAAUCAAUUCAUCGUUUAAGCUCUAGGACGAUAAUACUUAAAGCUAAAAAAGAUAUCACAUUAAAUGAAGAAAUCCCUACGACAAAUAUGGAAAAUAUUUUUCAAGAGCUACAAGAAAAUACGGCUAAAGCAAUUAUAAAUAAUAUUGCAAUCGAGCAAUGUCUCCGCAGUAGUACUAUACUGGAUGUUAUGUCUGACGAAAAUCAAAUAGACGUUCAGGAGAAAAUGUACGCGGCUAUGAGGAAGUUGUUUAUGUUGAACGAUGUCAUUCUAUCGACUCAGCAAUCUGUUCAGAAAGCAUUCAAAAAACAAUUGGAGUUAAAGAUUCAAUGUCAGAAAGCGAUAUUUGACCACCAUAGCUUUUUAAAGGAAAAGGAGGAGCAAAGGAAGCAAAACUUACAGAAAACAAAUCCUAACGUAGUAAAAAAUAAAGAAAAACUGAUGAAAACUAUAAACAAGAUAAAUAUAAUAAAAAAACUUAUCACUAAUUUCAUAGCAACUUCGGGAAAACUCCUGAUGAAAAGAUCUUUCUUAUUAGAAAUGUUAGAAAAACAUGCAGAGAUAAUUAACGAAGAAACAAUGAGAAAAAUAAUAGAGAAUGCUGACAAGGACUAAAUGUAAAAGUGUAGAAAAUGUUUCCUUUUUCUUUCUGUAUUUUUAUACUUUUAUACGACAAUGAUGUAAUCAUAAUCAUAAAUAUUAAUAUUUUUAAUAAGCUUUGCAUUUGCAUUUUAUAUGCAUUUAUAUGAGAAUGUUCAAUAAAAUUUAUGCGAAUCGAUGGACAAAGAAUUGCAAUGAAAAUAUUAAAAAAUAUGUUUUGACCGUAUGGUCUAUCUACAUCAAUAUUACAAAUACCUUACUCUUCUUUUGAUUAUGAAAAAGAAAAAGAAACAUUAAAGAUACUUAUCUGAUUGUUAACUAUCAAAUAGAGAGUAUUUUGAUAAAAAAAUGAUAUUUCUCGCAAUAUUCUUAUUCGUAUAUACAUACAUUCAACAAAAUAGAUUGGCAAAUACAUAUGUUGCAUUAUAAUUAUCCUUUCUACAUACUGUUUUGUUUCAUUUUCUCAUACCAAUCACAAACUUAGAGUGCAGGGCAAUAAAUUGAAAGAAUUAACUUCUCAAAAGUAGAUAGAUAAAAGAUAAGAGAGAAAAAAUAGAUGCAUGAAAAUGUGAAAGAUGUACUAAAAAAAAAAAAAAUUUCACGUUUAAUCGCUGAUCAAAUAUACCAAAAUAUGAACAUUUUCAAAUAGUUCCACGUGUAUCCUAUUAAUCGAUCAUUUGAAAAAGAAAUGAUAUCAUGCGUUUGGUAAGAUUAUUAGUACAUAUUCACAUUGCAUCAAUUAUAUUUCCAUUUUCUUUUAACUGCCUCUUAAAAACCACCAAUUUUUCUUUGGUGUCGUCAUGCUUAUGCAAUAAUAGAAGUUUUCAAACCACACGUUUUCAAUGUGGUUACUUGACAGAUAUAAUAAUACACAGUUUAUUAUUCAUUGUUAUAUACAUAUAUAUGUAUACACGUGUGUGUAUGGUAUGUGCGCGCGCGCGCAAUUGGUGAGGGAGUGAGAGAACGUCGAAGCUACUACACUCUCUUUACUUUGGGCUUUUCUUAGCAUUUCUUUAUUUUCUUAUGUGCAUUUUUUCCCCUUGGUGCAAUGCUUCCUUUCUAUGUACAAAAUAACAUUUAGUUACACUGACUCCCUCCCCUUAUAUUUACUUUCACAAAUAUGUAUGUCAAAAAAGAUCUGCAUGUUUUUCUGAGUUCUCUUUGUCAAAUGCGCAUGCAUACAUACUCAGAUGAAAUUACCAACAAGCACGAGCUGCCAAUUCCAUAAAAAUAGCUAUUAUUUGUUGAGCAUCUCUUAUUGAAUGUUAUGUCGAUAAACUAUGCAUAACUGAACACACAGGUAAUUCUUUGAUAUCAAGUGGAAUAAAUAGCUACAAUUUAAUUGUCGGUAAUAUAAGAAGUUGUGAUCAAAAAUCAUGAAUAUGUUUGUUUAAAAAAAAAAAAAAAAAAAAAAAAAAGAAA